AUGUAUCCUUUAUCGGUUGGUACUAAUGGUGUGAUAAACUACUCUGUGAAUGUGGGAUUUAGUAUACCUUUACUCUACGGUUUUAUCAGUAGUAUCUACUUAUCCAUUGUACUGCACAAAAUCUACUUUCGAAGCCGCCUAACCAGUUGGUUUCUGCGAUUUCAAAUCGGAGUAGAUGGAUUCGCAUGCUUUUGGGGCAUUGUGUUUCUAUGGAUUCGCAGUUUGCCCUACUCAAACUUUAUAUCUGGCUGGUUGCAAUGUCAUUUUUGGCGUACACAAAUUCCAAUCUGGGUUUUGUUUGGCAUGUCCACGUGCAAUAUGACCUGGUUGACACUGGAUCGUCUAUGGGCCACAGUUUACUACAAAACAUAUCAACGAUACCACCGGAAAUAUAUGAUUUGGUGUUCCGUCGGGACAGUGCUAUUCGGAUUAGCUGUGAAUGCACCUCAAGUCAUGGUGGUGGAAUUCCAGAAUAUGACAUGUUACACCUCCGCCAUUGCUGAAUUUCCCGUCGCCUAUUAUUUUGGUCAGUUUCAUCAAAUCUACUGGCUCCUCACGUAUUACAUGUUACCUACAGCUAUCAUGAUCACCGCCCAUUUUCGUGUCGUGUGUGUUUUACCCUUGGAAGAUGUCAUCUAUACAGAUAACGGUCCUCUGGACGGCUCGGCUGAAAUGUGGCAAGAUGCUAACUUGGAAGAAGGUUUCCAAACGGGUCAAACGGACUCGAAAGAUGCUCCUAUGUAUAUUGAUCCUUUAAUUCCAGCAAUGACCAACGGGAUGCUCACCUUGAUCGCCUGUAUGAUAAUCGCGCAUUCGUAUGACACGUCAAUUUAUCUACUGAGUAAUGUGAUCUCAUUCUCCUAUACUUGGGGGACUGAUGUGCAACUGGUCAGUUGUUGUAUUUCCACAAUGAGUUGUGCCGUGAAUGCCUCAAUCAUGAUGCUAACCAUACCCCCAGUUCGAAGAGUGGUCCGAGCGCACAUCAACGCGUUUUCUGGACGAUGCAGAAACGUGCUCAUUCUAUUGGGCUAUUCGAAGACGUGA